AUGAUACAUGAUGGGAAAUUUGGUAUCUACCCUUUUGUUGAGUAUGCAAGAGCUAAGUAUUCAACAAAAAACAGAAGGGCAGGUACUAUGUUGACAAAGGCAAUUGAAAGUGUUACACUACCAGUUAUGAGGGAUAUGAUAGUUAACACUAUCAUACCUGCCAUAAUGAGGAAUUGGCCAGAAGGUGUGUCCAAAGAAAUCUACAUACAACAAGACAAUGCUAGACCUCACAUUCAUGCAUCAGACCCACAAUUUAUUGCAGCAGCAACUCAGAAUGGAUUCAAUAUCCAACUCAUCAAUCAGCCAGCUCAGUCCCCUGACUUAAAUGUGCUAGACUUGGGGUUUUUUAGAGCAAUUCAGGCACUACAAUAUCAAUCAUUUCCUAAGAACCUAGAUGAACUGAUUUUAAGAGUCCAGGACUGUUAUGAUUUCUUUGACCCAGAAGUUUUGAAGUACACUUGGUUGCAAUUACAAUAUGUUAUGGUAGAAAUACUAAAGUGCAAAGGGGGGAACAAUUUCAAGAAUCCACACCAUGCAAAGAGAAAGUUAGAGAGAUUGGGAUUACUUCCAGAAAAUGUAACAGUGGACCAAGCUGUGAUAGAUGAGGCAGUUACAUACUUGAAUGAGAGGUUUGUGAAUGUAGGAGAAGCAUUUGACUACUUAGAUGCACAUCAAGAGUAG